AUGUUUCAAAGUUUGGGUUCUCAACAUCAACAACAACAACAACAAGAUCAUCAACCGAUACAAUACCAACAACAACAACAUGAAUACCAACAACAACCACAAAAAUUACCAUUUUCUAACAACCCUCAUGCUAGUUCUGUCACGUCCAAUAUAUUAAAAUCGGCCAAUAAGGUCAAUAAUAUCGUCUAUGCGCCAAAGAUUGACUAUUCGCAACUCACCGAACAACUUGUUUACGAACAGGUCAUCAAAGGUGGCAGACCACUAAUCAUUGCCAACGUCACUAAAAAUUGGGAUAUGCCGUUUGACCUACGUUGGAUCACUGAACGUUACAGUAAUAUUGAAGUCACGGUUCGAGUCAACAAUGGUCCAGAGAAACAUUGGAAUCUUGGUCAAUACAUCAUGUAUGACAAAACAAAGAGUAAUCCACACUCUAAUUAUAAUAAUUUAACAACUACAAUUAAUGAUAUUAAUAAUAAUAAUAAUAAUACAAUUAAUGGUAAUGUUGAAAAUGGUGUAAUGAAUAGUCAUCAUUUAAAUAAUUCACAACAACAACAACAACAAUCAAGAUCAUCACCACUAAAAUCAUCGAAUGGUAAUUUACCACAAAUAAUGAUUCCAGUAUCUACCAAUGUAGUCAAUUAUAAAAAGGAUGUACCAUGUCCACCCGAGUGGAAAGGCUAUAUUAUGGAGGAAGGUAGAUUGUAUCCGUUCCUAAGGGAACGUGGACCUGGUGACUUAGUGUCUGAACUACCACCAAACAAAAUGCCAAACACUACCAACCUCAACAUUGACUAUCAUGACUAUUUCUCACCUGGUCGUAGAGAGGUUAGUGGAUCAAUUGGCUACAACCUAAUGGUAGAAUCUGAAGACAAUGCAUCCUCUUUUUGGUUUUGUACGACCACUCCAAAUCAUCAAGAAAUUACAAAACAUUGGCAUGAUAAAUCAAGUAUUUCUUUAUUUGAUAAUGAAUCAAAACAAAAGACUCUUCCUUUUGAAGAAUUAUUAAAUUCACAAUAUGAAAUGCAUAUAUUUGAACAAAAUGUUGGAGAUUUGGUUAUAUUGCCAAGUUGUGCAGUUUAUCAAUACCUGAAUGUUGGAGGGAACACGGUAAAGGUUGCUUGGAAUAGAGUGACAAUCGAUUCGUUGUACAAUGGUGUCAAGUAUAUUCUGCCAAUCUAUCGAAGUAUCAAACGUCGUGAUAUAUUCAGUCUCAAGCAUCUCUCCUACAACAGUUUCAAAAAGAGAAUCAGAUCGAUCGAACAAUUCUCAAACAAUGGAGGUGAUCUCGGCGAGUUGGUGCACAUGACCGAUGAAAUUGUGACACUACACAAGAUUGUAUCAGAGAUUGAUUGGAAUGAAACUAUCGAUCUUUCAAUCAUGUCAAAUGAACGAAAGUGCAAUGAUAUUGUCUCUACCGUCGUCUCUUCAUCUUUUACCGGUGAAACCGAAGGUAUGCAUCGACGAACUUGUUUUGGAUGUAAUGCAUACAUAUUCAAUCAUUUCUAUAGUUGUACUGAAUGUUAUGCCAAUCAUUAUUCAAAUGGUAGUAAUAAUAUUAAUAACAAUAAUAAUAAUAAUAAUAAUAAUAAUAAUAAUAAUAAUAAUAAUAAUAAUAAUAAUAAUAAUAAUAAUAAUAAUUCAGCUUCAUCUUCUCCCAACUCUAAUAAUAAUCAUAAUUCAACACAACCACCUGGACACUUUGAUUUAUGUUUAAAUUGUAUUGCAGAGGCUACUAUUUACUGUCUCAAGGAGAAAAAGUGGGAGUGUAUGUUUUGUCGCGACCGAUGUGACUGUUCAGCAUGCAUCAAACGCAAAAAGGAAAAGGGGCUACCCGUUCCAGCAUCCACCUCUGCCAAGUACCGCUCUCCACCCCCGUCGCGUUGUACCUCUCCUCCUCCAUCGAAUCUAGGGUUAUUCAACAAUAUGCCUGUCGUUCCUACUAGUAUGACGUCCGCCGUCCACUAUUACUCACCAUCCUCCUCCCCCUCCUCUUCCUCUCACCAAACAACAACAACAACAACAAACGGGUAUCACGGAGCCAUUCAAUAUGGAAGUGAUGGUACUACAUACGCCUAUCCAGUCUAUCAUGAUAUGGCACCACCACCUUUACCCGUUGUACCCAAGCUUGGUCUAUGGGGAUUACCACCUCACCAAUAUGACGGUGUUGUAAUGUCACCUCACACUUUGAUGAUGUCUCCGCGAUCGGCUGUCUCUUCACCUGCACUUUCCACCAGCGACUCUUCGUCGUCGCCUUCCUCUCAUGCAUCAUCGUCUUCUCCCUCAUCUCUAGUGUCGAGCAUGCUAAAGCUCAAGACAUCACACUCCAACUUGGCACUCAUCCCAUCUCCCAACUCUAACCCCCCUCCUCCACCCUUUGGCUCAUCGUCAAGUGGACGAAAACCACCUCUUGGGUCAAUGUCAUCAUAUGAAGCAGCAGUGAAAAGGGACGGAUCUUUCAACAACAACAACCAGACGGUUGUCCUCACACAAUACCCAGUAUUGUCUUCACCCGACAGACAAGUGCACGGUCGGGCACUCCUCCCCUCAUCAACUAGUUACGAAUCGUUCCAUGGCGCGACACUAUAUAAACCUAUCCACACACCAUCAUAUUUUGAAGAAGGAGGACUGGAACCCCCAGUUGGCACAGACCUAACCUUGGAAGACGACAAAUCCAAAAGAUCACUCUUUUUGAAAAAGAGAAAGUCAGAGUCGCAGCUCAGUCUCUCGUCGGAUAGCUGGAUGCCACCCUCUAAAAGAGACCAUCAUCAACAUAACCAAUCCUUGUCGUCUCCCCCCUCUCAAUACGACUCUACCUCGGUUGUUUCUUCACCUUCUCCAGUUCCCUUUGCUACUCCCAACUAUGAGCAUGAUCAUCAUCAUCAACAACAUCAUCAUCAUUUCAAACAACCAUCCUACCAAAUCUACGGAGCUGGCAAUCAAAUGGAUAUUGUUGGCGGAUUGCAAAACAUCGAUGACAUUACAUCCAACCAUAGUCAAAUCUAUAAUCAUCAACAACAACAACAACAACAACAACAACAACAAACAACUCAAUAUUAUCAGAAUCACCAACCACAGUAUUACGACCAUUCCAAUUGGGAGGACAGAAGUAGAAGUUUGGCGAGUCAUAUGGGUGUACCAGAUAUGUUUGAUCAGUUGGCUCUUUCAAGUCAACAACAACCAAUUAUGUCUGUACCUUCAUCACAAUCAUCACAAUCACCAUCAUCCAGUAUCCAAGGUGAUCAAGGUGAUCAAGUACCAUCAUCACACCCAACACUUGAUCCAUUUAAUCAACAAUUUCAUCCAUACGACCAUCAUAAUCAUCACAAUCAACAACAAAUCCAGAAUCCUUUCAAACAACAACAACCAAUCUACCAAAGUCAUUCACAACCACACCAACAACAACCAUAUACAUAUCCACCCGAAACCAUUUUAAUGAGUAAUCAACAUCCUAUGCAAUCACUUGAUCAUCAACCUUCACAUUUCAUGGUGAAAUCACCAGACCAACAGCAACCACAACAACAACCAUAUUUUAAUGGUUUAGGAACAUGGAUUGAAUCAUGUAUAUUAGAUCCAAUUCAAACCACCUGUAAUACUACUACUACUACUACUACUACUACCACUACUACUAACAAGGAAGAUAUCGAAGGAAUCGAAUCAACCAAUUAUAUGUUUCUCUCUUCAACUCCAUACCAUAAUAAUCAUAAUCACCAAUCCAACUCGUCUUUUGAAAAUGUCCAACCAGAUGUUACUCUUUUAUAUUCUCAACAACCUUAA